CCCGCCCACUUCGCUGGGGCAGGCCCGGAAGCAGAGUUGCUGCGGCUGUGUGUUUCCGGUUGGUCCAGAGGCGCCGCCGUCCCGGCGGGAGUGGAUUCGGCUGCUGUCCCGUCCGCCGUGGGAAGAUGUUCUACCACAUCUCCCUGGAGCACGAGAUCCUGUUGCACCCGCGCUACUUCGGCCCCAACCUGCUCAACACGGUAAAGCAGAAGCUCUUCACCGAGGUGGAGGGGACCUGCACCGGCAAGUAUGGCUUUGUGAUUGCUGUCACCACCAUUGACAAUAUUGGUGCUGGUGUGAUCCAGCCAGGCCGAGGCUUUGUCCUUUAUCCAGUUAAGUACAAGGCCAUUGUGUUCCGGCCCUUUAAAGGGGAGGUCGUGGAUGCUGUUGUCACUCAAGUCAACAAGGUUGGACUCUUCACAGAAAUUGGACCUAUGUCCUGCUUCAUCUCUCGGCAUUCCAUCCCAUCAGAGAUGGAGUUUGAUCCUAACUCCAACCCGCCAUGUUACAAGACAAUGGAUGAGGACAUUGUGAUUCAGCAGGAUGAUGAGAUCCGCUUGAAGAUCGUGGGGACCCGAGUGGACAAGAAUGACAUUUUUGCUAUCGGCUCCCUGAUGGAUGAUUACUUGGAAGAGCGGCGGUUUGUGGAGAUCCCUCGGGAGUCGGUCCGGCUGAUGGCGGAGAGCACGGGCCUGGAGCUGAGCGAUGAGGUGGCAGCUCUUCUCGCGGAGGAUGUGUGUUACCGUCUCAGAGAGGCCACCCAGAAUAGCUCUCAAUUCAUGAAACAUACCAAACGGCGGAAGCUGACUGUCGAGGACUUCAACAGGGCCCUCCGCUGGAGCAGCGUGGAGGCUGUGUGUGGCUAUGGAUCCCAGGAGGCGCUGCCCCUGCGCCCUGCCAGGGAGGGCGAGCUCUACUUCCCUGAGGACCGAGAGGUGAACCUGGUAGGGCUGGCCCUGGCCACCAACAUCCCUAAAGGCUGUGCCGAGACAGCUGUGAGAGUUCAUGUGUCCUACCUAGACGGCAAAGGGAACCUGGCACCUCAAGGAUCAGUGCCCAGCGCCGUGUCUUCGUUGACCGAUGACCUUCUCAAGUACUACCAGCAAGUGACCCGAGCCGUGCUGGGGGACGAUCCACAGCUGAUGAAGUUUCUACUUGGGGCUGGAGGACCCAGUGCAGUCUGGCCCCUUCCUUUUCAGAUCGCUCUCCAGGACCUGCAGACGAACUCCAAGAUCGCAGCACUCCUCCCCUACUUUGUUUACGUGGUCAGUGGGGUGAAAUCUGUAAGCCACGAUCUGGAGCAGCUGCACCGGCUCCUGCAAGUGGCUCGGAGCCUGGUUCGGAACCCACACCUCUGCCUGGGGCCCUAUGUCCGCUCCCUGGUAGGGAGUGUCCUCUACUGCGUGCUGGAGCCACUGGCUGCCUCCAUCAACCCUCUGAACGACCAUUGGACUCUUCGGGAUGGGGCUGCCCUCCUGCUCAGCCACAUCUUCUGGACACACGGGGACCUUGUGAGUGGCCUUUAUCAGCAGAUCCUGCUCUCCCUGCAGAAGGUGUUGGCAGACCCUGUGCGGCCUCUCUGCUCUCACUACGGGGCUGUGGUGGGGCUGCAUGCCCUCGGCUGGAAGGCAGUAGAACGAGUACUGUACCCACACCUGUCCACUUACUGGACAAAUCUGCAGGCUGUGCUGGAUGAUUACUCCGUAUCUAAUGCCCAAGUUAAAGCAGAUGGACACAAGGUCUACGGAGCCAUUCUGGUGGCCGUGGAGAGACUGCUGAAGAUGAAGGCCCAGGCGGCAGAGCCCAGCAAGGGGGGCCCAAGCGGCAGGGGGUGCCGGCGCUCGGACGACCUGCCCUGGGACAGCCUUCUCCUGCAGGAGUCUCCCUCCGGGGGCAGCGCGGAGCCAGGCUUUGGGUCUGUCGUCCCGCCGCCGCCAGGAGGCGCGGGGCCGGAGGAUCCAUCCCCAUCGGUGACCCUGGCGGACAUCUACCGGGAGCUGUACGCCUUCUUCGGUGACAGCUUGGCCACCCGCUUCGGCACGGGCCAGCCCGCGCCCACCACUCCGCGGCCGCCCGGGGACAAGAAGGAGCCGGCGGCCGCUCCGGACUCGGUGCGGAAGAUGCCGCAGCUGACGGCCAACGCCAUGGUCAGCCCGCAGGGCGACGAGAGUCCCCGGAGCGGCGGCCCCGCGUCGGCCUCCGCGCCCGCCGCCUCUGAGAGCAGACCGCUGCCGCGCGUGCAUCGGGCGCGGGGGGCGCCCCGGCAGCAGGGCCCCGGCGCCGGCACCCGCGACGUCUUCCAGAAGAGCCGUUUCGCCCCGCGCGGCGCCCCCCACUUCCGCUUCAUUAUUGCCGGGCGGCAAGCCGGGAGGCGAUGCCGCGGGCGCCUCUUCCAGACCGCCUUCCCCGCGCCGUACGGGCCCAGCCCGGCCUCCCGCUACGUGCAAAAGCUGCCCAUGAUCGGCCGCACCGGCCGCCCGGCCCGCCGCUGGGCACUGUCGGACUACUCGCUGUACCUGCCGCUCUGAAGCGGCGCUGGCCCGCCGGCCUCUGUAAAUAAAGGCCCUGUCGGAAGUGA